GACUUACGGCUUUUGCUUUUACUUACCUCUAAGACGCUAACGCUGACGACGGCGACGCAAGACAAUGGAUGAAAGUGAUGCGCUCGAAGCGCUCUCUACCCUCCUCACUGAAAUCUCAGAAAAUCCUUACAACUUCUCCCUCCAUGCGCAACAUCUCAAGCUCGCCUCUUCUUCCGAACUCGCAGAUGCCGAACAGGUCGACUCUGCACGGGAGAUGAUGAGCUCGUACUUUGCCGCAGGGGACGAGCUGUGGGUACCCCUGAUUGAAGGAAAGGAGAGAGCACUUGAAAGUGCGGAUGGAGAGAUGGGUGUGGCGCUGGAGGAACUGCAGGAGGUGUUACAGACAUAUGAGAGGGCUGAGAAGGACUAUUUAUCAAUACCCCUACUUUCGAAGCAUGUUGAUUUCCUAGCAAGUCAAUAUGCCCGUCUCAACGCGUCCGAGAUGAAGCCAAGCGAGUCGGAAGAGGCUUUCUCACUUGCGUGGACACGUACGGCCAUCGAGGAUGUAGUUUCGAAGGCAUCGCUGCACAUUACCGAGGGCCAGAAAGUAUGGGACAAGGCACGAGACUGGGCUCUUGAAGCGCUCGAAACAGCUUCCGGAGACGAGAGGUUGCAGCUCAUCGCCUGGCUGGAUGAUUUGCAUCUUUCACGUCUCCAGAAGUCUCAUUCAGCACACGACGAGACCUUCCAGUCCUACUCCUCUUUCACCUCCAAUUUCAAGCCUCCACAAGAGUACGAAGAGCUCCUCGUCGCGGCCUCGAAACUCCGCUCCAAAACAGCCAAAGGCUACGAGUACCGAGAUCCAUAUGAAACGUCGCUCGCCCAAGCAGGAUGUUCACUCUCAGCAUACAACAACUAUAUCACCUACGAACGACGUGCCAAAAAGCCCGACCUUUCGAUUCUGGCAGGAAUAUACGAACGUGCUAUUGCGGAGGCUGCCAAACGGAGAUUCGGUGGUGAAGAGGGUGCAGAAGCUGCAUUGAGUGUAUUCUGGACAGGUUAUGCCGAUGCAUUGCGUAUACAUCAAGCGGAUCAAGAGGCGCAGAUGAAGGUUCUGCAGCGAGGAUUGAGGAGCGUUCCAGGAUGUGGCGAGCUCUGGGCACGAUACAUCCGUUUCUUGGAAGAAUACGAAAUGCUCGACAUCGGCGUCCUCGAACCCGUCUCCGGUGUGUACGACAGAGCGAUGGGCACUGGGCUGUUUGUUAAGGAUCCGGAAGAGAUCGUGCCGCUCGUGUUGGCGAGGGCGGGGUACGAGAAGAGGAGGAUGGAGAGCGUGGCGGCUGGGGUGCCAUGGGCAGGAGUUGGCGAAGAAGAGGAGGAUAUGAUGGGCAACCUGUUUAGGACCUUGCAGGACGGGAUAACAUUUGUCAGAAGUGCAUCCAAGGCCGGAGACCCACGUUACAGACUCGAGAAGUUCCUCGCCCAGACUUACACACAAUAUGAGCAAUACGCGGAAGCGGCCCAAGUGUGGCGGAGCGCUGCAGAACACUACAAGACGAGCUAUGUCGCCUGGACAGCCUAUGCUGAUGCACUUGUUCGCGACUCCCGCAUUCCCGAAGCUCGCAAAGCGCUCGAACAGUCCGCGCGACAGAACGGAAUGGACUGGCCCGAAGCCAUCUGGGAGGCGUGGCUCGCUUUGGAACAUGCGUAUGGGACUGUGCAGACUUUGCAGAGCUGUUUGGAUUCGGUGGAAAGAGGGAGGAUGUUGGUGGGCGCUAAGAGGGCGAGGGAAGCGGAAAAGGCGAUGCAAUUGGCGACACAGCAACAGGCUGCGAAUGUCCCUGUCUCUCAGGUCUCGGUGCCAGAGAGUGCCACCCAAGGUCAACAAGACGUGGAUAUGGACGUGGAUGGGGCUCCGCACCCGCAGGAGGCGGGAUUGAGCUUGAAGAGGAAGGCGGAGGAGCCGCUUCGCUCUGUUGGUGGACGUGGGGGAGAGCAGGGACAGGCGGGAGAGGGAAGUAAGAAGGUCAAGAUUGAUAAUGCGCCUUCCUUGAAACGGGAUCGCGAGAAUUGUACCGUGUUUGUUGCGGAUCUCCCUUCAAAUACAACAGAUGACGAUCUCAAAGCAUUGUUCAAAGACUGUGGCUCCAUCCGUGAUAUCAAAAUCACCUCCUUACCCAACACCCACGUUGCCACUGUAGAAUUCUCAGAACGCGAAUCCGUCCCGGCCGCGCUCACGAAAGAUAAGAAACGGAUCAAUGGGGAGGAGGUGGCGGUUCAUCUGGCGUGGCGGAGUACGUUGUAUGUGACGAAUUUCCCAGAGAGGGUGGAUGAUGAGGAAGUCAGGAAGAUUUUUGGCAAGUAUGGAUUGAUAUUCGAUGUGCGGUGGCCGAGUAAGAAGUUCAAGGCUACGAGAAGGUUCUGUUAUGUGCAGUUCACGUCUCCUGACGCAGCCAAAGCGUCCCUCGAACUUCACGGUCACGAACUCGAACCGAACCUCCCGCUCAACGUUUACAUCUCCAAUCCAGAACGCAAGAAGGAGAGGACGGACGCGGACGCGAACGCGAGGGAAGUGUACGUUUCGGGAUUGAGCAAGUUUGCGGACAAGUCGGAUUUGGAGAGGGUAUUCAAGACCUAUGGACCUAUCAAAGAGAUCAGGAUGACGGUGGAUGAGCAAGGAAGGUCCAAAGGGUUUGCGUUCGUCGAGUUUGAGCAGGAGAAAGAUGCAUUGAACGCGCUAAACGCCAAUAAUCACGAGCUGAAGGCCCGCAGGAUGGCCGUCACCAUGUCCGAUUCACGCGUUCGUUCGCGUCGAAAAGAUCAGCCGGAAAGCGGGAUGGGCAGACACGCGGACACGCUGAGUAGGUCUCUACGCGUCCGUGGCCUGCCUCCCGCUACACAGGAAGGUCUCCUACAACAGACGCUCGAGAAAUUGGCACCGGUGAAGAGGGUGGAGGUCUUCGAGGACAAGCAUGAGGCCGUGGUUGAGUUUCAGAAUGUUGCUGAUGUCGCAAAACUUCUACUGUCAAAAGAUGUCGUCGAGUUCAAUGGCGCCACACUUACGUUCUCCGAACUCACUGAUGCACCAGGCGCUUCUGGGUCGACAAUGGCGAAGUCUGGGGCUGGAGCAGCUGCAGGUGGGUUGUUUGUACCAAGGACGGCGGCGUCGAGGCCGAGAGCUGGAUUAGGGCAUGCGAGAAGACCGGCCCCUGCUGCUGCGCCUUCAGCUAGUUCAAGUGGGGGUGGGGGUUCGAUGGGACCGCCGGCAGGUGGGAGGGGACAAGAUGACUUUAGGAAGAUGUUGAGUAGUGGGAAGUGAUUGAGUGCGUCCUUUUUCGUUGGCUUGCUGGAAUAUGUAUGUGGUAAUGUGUCAGUGCUUCAUGUGUUUUGAGGGUUGUGCUCUGAAUCGGCAGUAUGAU